AUGUCCCCAAAACUUAAACCACUAUUACUCCCGUUGUUGGUGGAGGAGCGGAGGAAGAGGGAGAGCUCAUCGGAUUCCGAGAUGGAUCUCUCGUCGUCGUCCUUCUACACGCAGAAUUCCUCAGCCUCGGCUUCCGAAUUCCCCUCGCCAGUCACCCCGACCUUCUCUGCUCGCCACAUGAGAUACCCAAGUUCAAUCUCAUCCAUUGGCUCAUCGCUUCACGGCUCUGUCGUCGAGAGCCCGUCCUCCCCGCCCUGUGUGCCAAAGUCCGGUAAACGAAGCCUACCCGACGUCAUCGAGGAAGGCCAUGAGAGAGAGGAAGAAAUCAAUGUACUCGAUGAUGAAAAUGAACUCUACGAUUGUCUAUGUGACCACCCCCAAUGCUUGCACCGCGAGCGUCCGGUUGUGGAAAGGUCAGAGCAGCUGCCGACGAAACUGGCAUUCGAUUACGAUUUCGCCGAUGGCUUUCUCAGCGAGGAAGAAUAUUCAAUGAGCCCACGCCUCAAGAAGAGAGCCAUCGAGCCACCGUUUACUGGUCUCGCGACACGCAUCGGAACAAGAUUUCCUUCCUUCUCCCGGAAGUGGCGCCUGAGAAGGGGUACGAACUCCCCAUGCAUCAGCCCCGAGGCGCUGCGAAACUCCGCGACUUCCCGUGGUGCAUCGAGCCGCUCAUCAUCGGUCUCGCAUUCGGCGCAACAGGCAUGGGAACAGUCGUCGUUUGGACCUCAGUGCCCUCCCACCCCCACCAAAAGCGUGUUUGGUGGUAGUAGCCACGAGAACCUUUCUCAAACCAAUCCAAUAGAUAUCGAAAGGACGAACACGAAUGGCGACGAACCAGAUGAACGUUUUGCCACUACGCCCCUUUUACCUCCACUGAUGUCGGACGCUUCAGCGAACACCAAUCACGUGCCAAUGCCAUCGCCACUUCAGUCUCCAUCGGUUGCCGAACCGAACGACGACCCCUUUUUGGAGGGUGGGAUGCCUAUGGAUGCGACCACAUCACAGUACGCAGUAAUGCCCUCUCCUCCUCUCAGUACCAAGCCGUCUACCUCCUCCUUCCAUCGCAACAAUCUCAAUUGGAGUGGCCAACACACAACAACCGAAAUGAUCAUCGUCGACAUGAAUGACGAGUGGGCUGACAAACUCGGUCAUGCAAACUUCACCAUCUAUCCGGAGCCGUACGUACCAGAACGUUUCGACCUCGAGGCAUGUCGUCAACUCCGCGCAAACUGGGAUCGAGCUCGAUGUAAUUAUACGAAGCAUCUCGUGCGGAUCGGGGAGCAUUACGGAGCUACGUCCAAGACAUAUAAAUUGACGGAAGAGAAGUGGGCCGCGAUCGAGUCAACUUGGAGGAAAAACAAUGAACUCACUAUCGCCAACACCGUGGAGAAUUCAUCCGAUGCCUUUGCCACGUUGAAGCACACAACGCUCGGUGACGGGAGCUAUAACAUCAUGACGAAGAUCCCCUCCCUGAAUGAUCCUCGCGGCGGCGGUAAAUUCCCGCAACUCGGCGACGAGGAUAUCGUCGGUCCCAUGGUGCAGGUGACAGCGCAACUGCACCGCACCCCAAGCAAGAAAACUAAACUCUUCAAAUUCAUCACCGAGAAAUUCCCUGUGGGACUAGGGAAAUCGUGA